AUGCCUGUGGUGAAUGUCGACCAGCUGGUCCGCCUGCAGCGGAAACCAGAAGACAUAAGAAAUAUCUGCAUUCUAGCCCACGUUGACCACGGCAAAACUUCUCUGACUGAUAGUCUCAUUGCCACCAAUGGUAUCAUCUCACCCAAGUUGGCGGGCAAAAUCCGCUACCUGGACUCUCGUCCAGAUGAGCAGCUUCGAGGUAUUACAAUGGAAUCCUCGGCCAUUUCAUUGUUCUUCUCUAUGUUGCGCCGCCCCAGUCCGGAUGCUGCACCAGUACCCAAGGAGUACCUGAUCAACUUGAUCGAUUCACCAGGACAUAUCGAUUUCAGCAGUGAAGUGUCAACUGCCUCACGUCUGUGCGAUGGAGCAGUGGUUCUCGUCGAUGCAGUCGAAGGUGUGUGUAGUCAGACCGUCACUGUGCUGCGACAGACCUGGGUUGAGCAAUUGAAACCGAUCUUGGUGAUCAACAAGAUGGAUCGUCUAAUCACGGAACUAAAAAUGAGCCCUGCUGAGGCUUUCUCGCAUCUGAGUCGCCUGUUGGAGCAAGUCAAUGCCGUCAUCGGUACUUUUUACCAGGGCGAGCGCAUGGAAGAUGAUUUGCAAUGGCGUGAGCGUAUGGAAGAUCGCAUUAACACCUCUAGCUCUCGGGAUCAGGAUCGAAAGAAGCAAUCAGCAGAUGAUGAAUCAGCAUCGGUUAUCACAGAAGCGACAGAGGCGACAGAGUUCGAGGAACGUGACGAUGAGGAUCUUUAUUUCGCACCCGAGAAGAACAAUGUCAUUUUCUGCAGUGCUGUUGACGGCUGGGCUUUCACUAUCAGGCAGUUUGCGGCAAUUUACGAGAAGAAGCUUGGUAUCAAACGAACGGUUUUGGAGAAAGUGCUCUGGGGUGAUUACUACCUGGACCCCAAGACUAAGCGGGUCCUGGGAGUGAAGCACUUGAAGGGUCGCGCUCUGAAGCCCAUGUUCGUUCAAUUGGUUUUGGACAGCAUCUGGGCAGCCUAUGCAGCCACCACAGGCGGUGAUAAAGGCAAAGGAGACCCGGUGUUGCUGGAAAAGAUCACUAAAUCUCUCAACAUUAACAUUCCGCCCUAUAUUCUUCGAUCCCGUGACCCUAAGAACAUUAUGACUACUUUGUUCUCUCAAUGGCUUCCUCUAUCCACUGCUUUACUGGUGUCUGUCAUUGAGUAUCUUCCCAGUCCACCUGCUGCUCAAACGGCCCGGCUACCAGAAAUGAUCAAGUCAUCCCCUGGCUCUGAUUUCAUCUCAGAGGAUAUCAAAAAGGCUAUGGUCGAUUUCAAGACCGGUCCUGAUGAGCCUGUUGUGGCAUAUGUCAGUAAAAUGGUUGCAAUCCCAGAGAGUGAACUCAUGUCGAGCAAGAAGCGGACUGGGGGCACUAUGACAGCGGAUGAAGCUAUGGAAAUUGCUCGCAGGAAGCGAGAGGAGAUAGCAAAGAUGCAGGCCGAGGCUAGGAGCGGACAGGCAGAUGAUUUCGAGCGCAUGACAUCAGCUUUCGAAAACACUACUUUGAUCACCGAGACAGAGGAGGAGGAAACCGAAGCAGCCGAAAAAGACGAGGAUCCUGACCAUCUCAUCGGUUUUGCUCGACUUUACUCUGGAACCAUCUCCGUCGGUGAUGAAAUUUACGUGCUGCCACCUAAGUUUUCGCCAGCCAACCCUCAUGCCAACCCUGAGCCCAAGAAGGUCACAGUCACAGACCUGUACCUGCUCAUGGGUAGAGCCCUGGAGCCACUUCAAUCAGUUCCAGCCGGUGUGGUCUUCGGAAUCGGGGGUCUUGCAGGAUAUGUCCUCAAGACAGGCACUCUCUGUAGCCAAAUCGAGGGCAGCAUCAACCUGGCUGGUGUUUCUUUGAGCACACCACCCAUUGUGCGAGUUGCGUUAGAACCUACCAACCCCGCCGACCUGAGCAAGAUGGUAACUGGCCUGCGCUUGCUCGAGCAGAGUGACCCGUGUGCACAAUACGAGCAGCUCCCCAGUGGCGAGCACGUUAUCCUAACUGCCGGUGAGCUUCAUUUGGAGCGUUGCGUAACGGAUCUUCGCGAGCGAUUCGCCCGUUGCGAAAUUCAAACCGGUGAAGCUAUCGUGCCCUACCGCGAGACGAUUGUUCAUGGUCCAGAGAUGGCUGCGCCCAAGAACCCGGACCUUGGCCGAGGAGCUGUUCUGUCUGUUUCUGCCUCUAAGCAGAUGACUCUUCGUCUGCGGGUGGUGCCGAUGCCUACAGCCGUGACAGACUUCCUGACAAAACAAGUUGGAACUAUCAAGCAGCUUCAGCUGGAGAAGCGAUCUGAAUCCGAGGGAAAGACGGACGCUGAAAAGGAGGCUGAAGCCGUCGUCGAUGGCACUGGUGAAGCACCUGAGGGUCAAAUCCUUUCCAAGCAAGAGUUCCGCGAAGGACUAGACAAGGUCUUCAACGAUGAAGUCAAAGAAGAUAAAGAGCUAUGGAAGAACGUCGUCGACAGAAUCACUGCAUUUGGUCCUCGGAGAGUUGGUCCCAACGUUCUGGUCGACGCAACUGCCGUCAACACCUGCGACAAAUUUUUGGCCGACGACAUCAAGCCACAGAUCGCUGGCGACAACCACCAGGCCCUCCUGGUCCGCGACUUCUGCGACAAAAUCGCCUAUGCCUUCCAACUCGCAACAGGACAAGGACCUCUAUGCCAAGAGCCUAUGCAAGGCGUUGCCGUGUUCCUAGAGGAACUAUCCGUUCAAUCCAACACAAGCGACGACCUCGACAUGGGUCGACUAACAGGCGAAUCCAUCAGACUCGUCCGCGAAGGCAUCUCGGCCGGAUUCCUAGACUGGAGUCCUCGCAUCAUGCUCGCAAUGUACAGCUGUGAGAUUCAAGCAACUACCGAGGUCCUGGGCCGCGUUUACGGUGUGAUUACCCGUCGUCGAGGCCGUAUUAUGUCCGAAGUCAUGAAAGAAGGUACUCCCUUCUUCACCAUCCUGGCUCUUCUGCCUGUGGCCGAGUCCUUCGGAUUUGCGGAGGAGAUCAGAAAGCGGACUUCUGGUGUUGCUCAGCCGCAACUUAUAUUUGCAGGCUUUGAGGCACUCGACGAAGAUCCGUUCUGGGUUCCAGCUACCGAAGAAGAGUUGGAGGACCUGGGAGAGCUGGCUGAUAAGGAGAAUGUUGCGAAGAGGUACAUGGAUGCUGUUAGAAGUCGGAAGGGAUUAGUUGUCCAGGGAAGGAAGUUGAUUGAUGCUGAGAAGCAGAAGACGCUGAAGAAAUGA